UAAGUUCUUUUCCAGCUGUCCACCCAUAUAAUGCAUGUCAGCUGCCCUCCCAAAAACAGAAGCAACAGAGGAGCUAUUUCUCACACGCCAUGGCCACAAAAGUCUGUGUUACAGGAGGCUCUGGGUAUAUUGGUUCCUGGCUCGUCAGGAAGCUAUUGGUGAAAGGCUACACUGUCCAUGCAACAUUAAGAAACUUGGAGGACAAAUCCAAAGUAGGCCUACUCAAUUCCCUUCCAAACGCAGAUACCAAAUUAGUCCUGUUCCAAGCUGAUAUAUACAAUCCCCAUGAGUUUGACGAUGCAAUUCAAGGGUGUGAAUUUGUUUUCCAUGUUGCCACUCCACUGCAACAAGCCCCCGAAAGUUCUCGGUACAAGGAUAGAGUGGAAGCAACAAUUGCUGGAGCGAGGAGCAUAGCUAACUGUUGCGUCAAAUCACAAACCGUUAAGCGUCUCAUCUACACUGCAACUGUGUUGGCAUCAUCACCAUUGAAUGAAGAUGGAAGUGGCUAUAAAUCUUGCAUGGAUGAAUCCUGCUGGACUCCUUCUGAUCUCUCACUCACUUAUGCCAAUGAUUAUGUACUGGAAUAUACGAAUUCAAAAACAUUAGCUGAGAAAGAGGUUUUGAGUUAUAAUGAAAUUGAGGAUGCCAAGCUUGAAGUGGUGACUCUUCUCUGUGGUCUGGUGGGAGGAGAGACUAUUCUUUCCCAUGUGCCUUCGAGUGUUCAAGUGAUUAUUUCACCAUUUACUGGCAACAUGUUUGGUUACUAUCAAGGGUUGAAGUUUAUAGAAGAAGUUUUGGGAUCAGUUCCUCUUGUUGGCAUUGAUGAUGUUUGUGAGGCACACAUAUUUUGCAUGGAAAACCCAUCAAUGAAAGGUAGAUUCCUCUGUUCAGCUGCUGAUCCAACUGUUAGAGAAAUUAAAGCUUACCUUGAAGAAUAUCAUCCAGAAUUCAAGAUAGAUGAAAAGUUCAGGGAAGAACCAGAGAUCAGAGGAAUCAAAUGUGAUUCAUCAAAGUUGACGAAGAUGGGCUUUAAGUAUCAAUAUGACAUGAGGAAGAUCAUAGAUGAAAGCUUGGAAUGUGGAAAGAGGCUGGCAGCCCUCCAGUUAAAUGAUAAAAUGGACUCAAAUACAUCAUGAACAAUUUUCGUUAUAAUUUUUGUUCUUUCGUA